AUGACGGUGGCCUACGCGGCCGACGUGGCCUCAGCCAAGUUUGGCAUCUUUCCGAGGCUGAUCUUUCGAUGGCGCGGGAGUAUCUGGAAGGCGGUUUAUAUGGAGCUGAUUCUGUGGUGUGUUGGAUAUAUUUCUAUUUCGUUGCUCUAUCGAUUCGCAUUUACGCCAGAACAGCAGAGUGUGUUCGAGCGUGUCGUCGCCUUCUUUCGCGAGCACAAAGACUUCCUCCCUCUCACUUUCAUGCUCCGCUUCUACGUGUCGAUCGUAGUGGCUAGGUGGUGGGCCAUGUAUUGCGACAGCGGAUGGAUCGAUUACGCAGCCCUCCACAUCAGAAACUACAUCCCCGGAAACGACGAGGAGACGAUAAUGGCGAGGCGGAACAUCGUCAGACAUUUGUUAUUUGCCCAGGUGAUAAUCUACCGCGACAUUUCGGUGCUGGUGCGUAAACGAUUCCCGACGAUGGGGACACUUGUUGCCGCAGGGUACAUUACGAACGACGAGCUGGCCGGGUUUGAAGCGAUCGAUACCCAACAUUCGAAAUAUUUUGUCCCGAUUCACUGGGCCAUGUCGAUUGUGGCUCGGCUCCGGGCCGAGGGCAGAAUUGCCUCCGACAUUACGCAGGACUCGAUUUAUCAGGAAUUCAUGAAAUGGCGUCGAUCCCUGGGAACCCUCUUGAUGCACGACUCUACCCCCGUUCCGCUGCUGUACACCCAAGUCGUGUGUAUCGUUGUACGGCUAUACUUUGUGCUCGCCCUCUGCUCCAGUCAGUUCCUACUUCAUGAAAUUGACGACCAGCACUUUGUCGAAUAUAUUGACAUCGGAAUCCCGGUGCACACCAUCUUCUCCUUUGUCUUCUAUAUGGGAUGGUUGAAAGUGGCCGAGGCGCUCCUAAAUCCAUUCGGAAGCGAUGACGACGAUUUUGAGAGUAACUACCUGCUGGAUAGGAAUAUGGAGACGGCCUACCAAAUUGUCUCCGGUGAUCUGUACGAGCCCCCGAUCAUCAAGGAUAUCCACUGGGGACAGAGCCGAAUCGAUCCACUCUACAACAUUUCGGUGGACCUGGAUUCGCCGUAUGGAGAUGUUCACCCGUCGCAGUGGGAUGUGCCGCCUCCGACGAGUCCGGUAUGCAUGGCUCCAAAAAUCAGCAGUUGCCGCUUUUCGAAUGCCUUUGCGGAUAGUUUCCAAUCCCGCAACUUCUGCGAGCAGAUCGAGCUCGACGACAAGAACGAGGUGCCGGUAUUCGUGGACCACCGGAUGAGCGUCGUCUCCACUCCCGAGCUCGGCUUCAGAAGGCGUAAAUUCAGCGUUAAACCCGUCGAGUUCAGCCUGGGCAACUCGCCGCCCUUGGAGAAGCGCAAGUCGUUCUUCAGCAAGAUGAGGAAAACUUCGCAUCCGACGCCAGUUUGGCCGGCCGAGGAUCGGAAUGUUGUUAGUGCAAAUAAUUUGCGGAGGAUGUCGCACGACCCAAAACUCGACAUGACGAUCGGGCAACCUCUAGGGUUGCGCGCUUCAGCCGGAAAUGUCAAUUUUGGACAGACGUUCCCUCCCAAUACCCCAAAAAACAGCCUGAAACCGCCGAUGGAGGAGAGCAACACGCGCCUCGAGAGUCUCACGGAAGAGGAUGAGCAAGCCACGAAAACUCAAAAAGAGUUGCUGCAAAUGUUGCGAGAAGCGCAGCGCCGGGAGCUCGAGGAGGAGGCCGAGGAGAAGGAGGAGGAAGAGAGAAAAAGAAGGCAGAUGCAAAACCCA